AUGGGGAAAGAGACAAACAAUGUGGGAAGAGAAAGACCCACCGAAGUGACAUGGAGCCGCCUGAACGACACUCUACCAAGACGCACAGAACAGCAGGCCAACCGUCUGAUCCUGCCAGCUCUCAGCUCCCUCGAUAACGGCACUUACCUCUGCGAGGCUGUGAACGAACUCGGCAGCUCAGCCGACCAAUACGUGUUGGUGGUUCACGACCCUGACACUGUGGUUGAUGCUCAGCGUUCAGUCAGUUAUGCGGUUGUUGGGGGAAUGCUGGCCCUGUUUGUCUUUGUGAUUAUCUGCAUGCUCAUCGUAACCGUGUGGUUCUCCAUGAGGCAGAAAGGUUCGUACCUGACGCAUGAAGCUAGCGGAUUGGACGAGCAUGGUGAGGCGCGGGAAGCUUUUAUUAAUGGGAACGAGAGCCAUGAGAGGAAGAAAGAAUAUUUCAUCUAGAGAGAGAGAGAGAGAGAGAGAGAGAGACGGUCGCUAAGUGGCCCAGGAACUCAAUAGGCUACUUGUAAACACUGAUGAAACUUGCCUUUUCUUUUAAUCGAUGGCUUUGUUAUUAGCAAGUAUUCCACCUCACAGCACUGAUCACUGAUGAUCUCUGGUUUGGAUUCUGUGUUGUCUCUGUUACAACUGGAGCGGUUUUGUGGCUGGUGGAAAUAAAAGAGCCCACAAAAGUCUGUUCAGCAAACAAUGGGACUCCCAAGGCUAUUUAAGAUGAACAACGACAGAGGGAGAUUACUACUUCGGCAAAUCUGGUCGGUGACAACUUCCCUUCCCCCCUCUCACACCACCCCUCACCUCAAUUGCCCCCACCUGCCACUCCCUAACCCCUGCACACAUUUCAGGCUGGCUCGAGGAUAGACUGAAGGUGGAGUCAAGCCGUACUUUUUUCCAUUCAAAGACGCAGUCUACUUUUUUUGGUGAAUGAGAGUGUAUCAGAUACUGAGAUUAUCCGCCGUCUUCUGCUGGAGGACCUACUCCUGUCAAUGCGACCCUCGUUUUCUCUCUCAGUUUAAUUACUGUGGUUUCUUGGCCAUGGUGAACUGCUCCUAUGGGCUUAAGUCAUUACCAGAAAUUCAUUAUUUUUAACUAUUGUUGUUUAACUGUUGUUUCUCUGGGUUCUCACUGCUGGGAAUUGAGAGUAUUUGACCUCACUGAGCAGUAAUACUAACUACUUGUGGACCAGUUACUGCCCCUAGCCCCAACUAUCGUAGGAUCACUGCAACACAGAAGAAAGAUCACUCGAACUAUCACAAUUGUGUAGCACUUGGAAGACAAUGGGGUUAAUCAUCAUUGGUCCUUGUCGGCAAUUUAUUGCAACUUAACCCUGAGAAAGAUGUUACCACAAAGAGAAUCCUUGAGAAAUUCUAACCAGUAUUGAAACUGUCUGAUGCUCAAUGAAAUGUACAUUUGGUCAGUUCAAAGCAAUUGGAGAUGAUGACUUCAACUCCCACAGAUGAGAGAGGUGAAUCUUUAAAGAUUCAAUCAAUAUAUUUUAGUCAAUGUAUCAGAUGA